AAGUAAUAAGAAGUUUUGCAUCGUGUAGCUGCUAAACGGAUAGAAAACUAAAUAGUGGAUCUUUCUUUCGAAAGAUCAUCCUAAUAGGUGUUUUGGCAGCAAAUCGAAGUAUAAACGCUGUGUCUUAUAAGUUAUCAUAUAUUAUACAAUUAUAACUGAUGUUUGAUAUAAAAUCAAGGGUAUCAUAACGUUCGACUUAAGCCGCAAGCACGAUUUAUAUGAAAAUUGAAAAAUUAAUUCAAUUACUUGAUAAUGUUUCGAAACGUCGUUGUGGGAAUAUCAGGAGGCGUAGAUAGCGCGGUUAGUGCAUAUUUGCUCAAGGAAAAAGGCUUCAAAGUCUUGGGUAUAUUUAUGAAAAAUUGGGAUGAAUACGAUGAGACGGGCCGCUGCUCUGGCGAACAAGAUCUCCUAGACGCUGAAUACACCUGCCAGAAAUUAGAUAUUGAAUUACAUCAAGUAAAUUAUGUUAAAGACUAUUGGAAUUCUGUAUUCAGUUGUUUUCUAGACGACUAUCAAAACGGUCUUACUCCUAAUCCGGACAUAUUGUGCAAUCGGCAUAUAAAAUUUGAUUUAUUUUAUAAACAUGCGUUAGAAAACUUAAAGUACGAUGCUAUUGCUACGGGCCAUUACGCGAAGACGAAUUUCGGACCAUAUCUAGAGUACUAUGAAGAAGGAAAAGCUGCUGAACUUAGGAUACCAAAAGAUGCAUUUAAAGAUCAGACAUUUUUCCUAGCAGCUAUUAAACGUGACGUAUUGCGUAAAAUCAUGUUUCCCCUAAGCGAUCUUUAUAAAAUUGAAACAAAAGAAAUCGCUAAAAAAUGCGGCCUGAAUCGUUUAACACAAAAAAGAGAGAGUACAGGCAUUUGUUUUGUUGGUCAUCGGGAUUUUAAAGAAUUCAUUAAGGAGUAUAUAAUUCCAAAGCCCGGUAAUUUUAUCGACAUUGAUACUCAGCAAAUAGUAGGCCAACACGACGGUAUACAUCUAUGGACAAUAGGACAACGCUGCCGUCUAAGUUCUCAUCUAAAACCGUAUUAUGUUGCACAAAAAGACAUUUUUACUAACACAAUUUAUAUAGCAUCAGGUCAUAAUCAUCCAAAAUUAUUUAAUGACGUAAUCUUUACCAAUCACGUGAAUUGGUUAUGUCCAGAUCCUUUAAUCAAACCGAAUAGUGUAUUGAAAUGUCGCUUCCGUUUUCAACAUACCAAACCUCUCGUAAAUUGUUUAAUUUAUAGAAAUUUUGAUAUGAAGAGCGAUGAAUUGGAAGUUUUGCUUGAAAAACCUUUGCGUGCCAUAACACCUGGACAAUAUGCGGUAUUCUACAGCGAUACAAAUUGUUUAGGAUGCGCUCGAAUUGUCAAAAGUAGUAUGAGGGAUAAUCGAGACAAUGUUAUAUAGGCUUGGAAGAGAAAGCGAAAUAAAAUUUAUGAAAUGCCAUAUAUUACAUAAGAAUAGCGUUCUUUUCAUUGUAUAUUCGAGUUUCGAUAAAUUCGAACUAUUGCAAACUAUAUCAUAUUUUCAACGUAAUCAAGUUAGUUUCAAGAUUCAUUUACUUUUUAGAUUAAAACCUAUUCAAUAUCCUAUCAUAUAAAAUUUACGAUUAAUCUUUUAGUUAUUAUCAUUACUUACGUUAUCCCAAUAGCAUGUAAAAUGGCGUUAAUAAUCGUUAAUAGUAUUUGUAUACAAAACUAUUUAUAGGAAUUAUAUUUCAUAUAAAUUUCAUUAACGAUUACACACUAGUUGAAUAUCAUUUAUAUAAUUAAAUAGUUUAACAACAUGAAUAAUAGUUAUCUUAUAAAGUACUAUGCUUUAAAAACUAAACUACGUUAAGUUAAUUUUUAUCUUUAAAUUAAGUAGCAACGUGUAUUCAUACAACAACGAUGAUCGAUCAAAAUUUUCCACAACCAAUAAAAAACGAUCAGUGAUGAUGAAAGAAACUCAAAGAAAAAAAAAAUCUCGAUAAAUCUCUUAUGUGAAUCAAUGAAUGAAUCAAUGAAUGAUUGAUCACCGUUGUUAUAUUCAUAUUCGUUCUAAUUAAACAAAUAGCAAAAAAAAAAAAAAAAAAAA